AUGGCGCCCGAAUCCGCUGCUGCAAUGGCUGGCCGUGCCCGCAUGCGCGCUGAAGAAACUGACCAGGAGCGCAUCACUAGAGAACACUCGGAUUUUGCUGGUUUCGAAGCAGACAUGCCUACACUCGCCAGCCGCUUCAGUUUUUCCUUCAAGGACAACCUCUCCUCGUACCUUGGCCGCAAGAACCCCUUCUUUUCCUCUGUCAAUCCUGAAACCGAUUACGUCUGGAUCCUCGACAGCACCGCCUCCCAGAAUCGCCUGGGGAGAUGGAAGGCCGAGUUCGUCGCCUGCUACUUUGUCAAGAACAGCGGCAAGGACCUUUCCAAGAUAGUCGCUUGGGUCAGCGAAAAGGUUGGCCUUGCAGACGAUCAAGGGGCCAGAAAAACAGUUGCAGAGAGGCUGCAGCCGUUUGCCGAUCAAAUUCUGCCGGCCCACGCUGUUGACAUUGAUCUCCUUGGCCUAACAGCCAGACUGGGUCCUAGCGGACGCGAUGGCAUCAGCGUGGACGAGCUCUCCAUACCCGGUAACGACUACAAAGACGGCCAGGUCGCCCGAUUGAGCGCCGUCGGCGGCAGUGCAACUCCGUUCAACAUUACCUUUGCGAAGCCCAAGGGCUGGGCUGUCCUCUCCGACAUUGACGAUACCAUCAAGAAGACCCUCACAUCGUCGCCUGUCGGUAUCCUGACAACAACCUUCGCCGAGGAGCCAGAGCCUAUCAAAGGCAUGCCUGAACUUUACAAGCAUAUCGUGCAGAAGCUUGGCAACCCACCAUUCUGGUAUCUGUCGGCGUCGCCAUACAACCUCUAUCCCUUCCUGCGCAAGUUCCGCGACACCUACUACCCCAACGGCACCAUGAUUUUGCGCGAUGCCAGCUGGAUGAAUCUUGCCGGCUUCCUUGCCAACCUGACGCAAGGAACCGAGGCGUACAAAGUCGACCGCAUCGAGAAGCUCAACGGAUGGUUCCCUAAGCGCAGAUUCAUCCUCAUUGGCGACUCGACGCAGACAGACCCAGAGUCGUACGGUGAAGCCUACCGCAAGUUUGGCGGCAAGUGGGUUGGCGCCAUCUACAUUCGCAAAGUCACUGGUGUGGCGGAAAUGGACGAGAGCACCAAGAACGCACCUGAACGAUUCGAAAAGGCCUUCAAGGGUGUGCCCAAGGAUGUAUGGUAUGUGUUUGAGGAUGCGCAAGAGCUGUACGCCAAGAUUGAUGCUUUACCCGCUAUCAGCUAA